AUGGAGUCCAGCACCAGGCGAUCGGAGGCUCGAUCCUCGAACCUGGCGAGCCUGGCGUUCGCCCCGGACACGGACGCCUUGUACGACGGCCGCUUCCAUAGCCGACGCUUUGGUGCUGGCACCAAGGUGUCAGAGGAGCUGGUCCUGGGUUCUACUGACCAGCUGCUCCCUUUGCUGCUGCUGCCCUUCGCGCGUCGCCAGCAGAACUCCACCUCGCGCACGCCCUUGCCACCGCUGCCUGGCCUGGGUCCGCGUGGCAAGCGCUUGCGAGUGCUUUGCGGCUCCAACGUCCACGUGUAUCCCAGCGACCCGCUGCCGGAGAAGCAGCUGCUGUGCUCCAAGGUCUUGGCAGAUGAGCAGAUGGACCUUUGGGCAGUGCACGUGCCGACGAGCAUAGGCUCCAAGAAGGGCGCAAAGAGCUUGAAUAGCAUCUUCCUGGUAGACGAAGCCUUAUCCACUGAGUUCCAGUCCGAGGUGAGCAGCCUGAUCAGUUGCUUGAGCGGGCAGUUGCAGGGCCAGGCCUGUGGGGCCAGCUUCAACUGCGGGGGUAUUAACCCCACCACUUGCGUUCCCUUCCUGCCGUGCGAGACCUUCCGGGCCAGCUUUCUGCCGCGUUGGGCGAGCGCGGCGAGCGCCGCGAGCGCAGCGCCAGGCGGUUCUUUGGGCGAUUUGGCUGGGGCGGUGGAAUAUGCCGUGGAGGUGGCGAUUGGGAAGUUGGUGAAGGACACGGAGCGGAUCCUGCAGCAGAAUGCUUCCUGCUGGGCACUCCUGCGUGAAGGUCUUCACCUCGAAAGCAAGGAAGGCCCCAGCUGCCUGAUACGAGAGGUGACCUUUGACCGGCAGCAGCCCAUCAGCCUGGAGGUCGAGUGGAAACCCCAUGGCAAGCGACAGUCCUCCACCAAGUUGCGCACAGUGACUGACGCGAAUGAGGCCUACCUCCAGGCAGACAUGGAUGGGACGACUUAUCACUUCUUGCCACCUCAGAAGUUGAAGCCUCCGACGCCCGCUGACGUGGCAGCGCAAAGCCACUUCGUGGUCGUCCUGCUGUCAUCGUUUUCAUCCAAAGAGAAAGCCGGCAGCGCGCUGCUGUCAAGGUUAGAGAGCGUUCUUCACAACUGUGGGACCCAGUUCCGCUGCAGUGGCUGUAGCAACAGCACGAUUCCCCUCAUCCUGGGUCCGGGAGCAUCGCCCGCGCGCCUCGCUGCCUUCGUACAAGAGGGUUUGUCCACCACAGCUCCCUGGUGGAUGCCCUUCUACCAGGCGGAAGUCAGAGCUGACGUGCCACGGCUCAUGGAGCAGCUCACUGAGGAUGUGGGAACCUGGCAGAAGAGCUGGGAUGACUCCGAGGGCCUGCACCUCGCCGUGGGCGCGCGCGAGGCCCAGCUGGGCAGCGGGUUUCUGGUGACGCCCGAGGCGCCCACGUGGCAAGUCACCCUGCGGCCCGACGAGGUGCUGGAAGACCGUGGCCAGUCUGGCCAGUGCAUCUUAUUCAAGGGCCAGUUGCCGCGGCGGGACGUUUGGGUGGACGGUGAGGAGUAUGCACUGCAGAUCCUGGAGCCACCAGCCGUGAGUCUUACUGAUGCCCGUCUCGAGCAUGAUUGGCAUUGGCGUCGUGCAGUGGAGAUUGCUCUGGCGCUGGAGCGCCUGUCCCAGCAGCUCCGAGCCGCCGCGCUCGCGCGCGGCGCGGGCAGCGCGGCUGGGUGGGUGGAGCGGGUGAAGGCCAUGGCGGCCGCCCUGGCGGCGCCGAGGCUGGACAAGGAGAAGCUCCAGACCUGGACCAGGCUGCCACCCUUGGAGAGAGCAGCGCUGGCCACGCGCCUGCGGGCUUUGAGCAGUGGCUUACAGCGCACCGCCAACGCCAUCCAUGAGGUGGUGGAACUGGAGCGUGCCGCCGAGCAGGAGCCUUCGAGCGCCGCUUGGCUCAAGCGAGCCUCGCAGAUGAAGUACGGUGUCAAGGUGCUCCAACGUGCGAAGAAGAGCGGAGUAGCAGAGGAUCAGGAUCUUUGGCUGAAACAACUGGACGCGCUGCUGGCGCUCGAGCUGCCGGAGCAGCAGAACGACGGCGUGGCUGUGCGAUCGAUGGUCACGGGUGCCGCGGCACUGGAGCAGUUCCAGGAGAUGAAGCAGAUGGCGCCACAGCUCAGGAGCCUCCGCCCCUCAGCCGCGCUCUACAGCUGCGGCGCCGUCGGCGUGGCGCUGCGGCUGCGGCGCUCGGACGCGACGGAGGUGGAACCGUGGCUUCUUUUGGUCGAGCACGUCUCCACAUCCUAUGUCGAUACUGCGAGUGCUGCGUUGUACCUGGAUGCAAACCAGAUCCUCCACGAUGAUGCGGGGGAGGUGGCUCCGGAUGUGGCGGUCUUGGCAAUGGAGCCCGCGGACUUCUACAAAUGGUUUAGGACCUCGGAGAUGUACAAAAGUUAUUUGGCCAUGGUGUUCACGCGCAAUCCUUUGGGCCAAGUACCAGGUCAGGCCUACGCCUUGCCCGUGAUCCUUUGGGUGAAGACCGCGGAGCUGUUGAUCUCCCGCGCGCCGAAGAGCUCGAGCCAACGCGACCCAAGCGACGCGAUCCCCAGCGAGGAGGCCCAGUGGUUCCGCGCCAUGCUGCGGAUCCACCUGACAGCCGCUGAGACGGUGCGACAGAUGACCCAGAGCCGAGGUGCCACCAGUGAGCUGGCUGAGGCGCUGGCUGGGCCAGAUCCCAGCGCUGCCUUGACCGAAGCAGAAGGAGGUCCGCAGUCCGUGUGUUUAGCCUUAGCUGCUUGUUGCUUCGCACCGUCGGCGCUGCGCAACUUCUGGGGCCAGCGGGGGCUGGAGUUGGCGAGGUCCAGGAGCUUGCAGCGUGCCCACUCCAAGACGUUGCAACGUGGCGAGGAGGACGACCGUGCUGGUUGGCCCAAGAGGCUCCGACGCUUAGCGUUGGCCAUGAUGGCCGAGGCUGUGUCAAGGGCCUGCCGCCGGCUGGUACGAUCUGUUUGUCUGAGCUCGAACGAGGCGGAAGGCGAGGUCUUGAAGAAGUUGCUUUGGAACGCUUUGGGUUUGGAUCAGAGCUCGGUGGCUCCGGUGAGCGCCCUGGGCGAGCCGGACGACCCCAAGCUGGCCAAGCCGGAGGGGCAUUCCGAUGAGUGUGAUGUGGUCAUUGCCCAGCGGAAAUCGGCGCUGUUGUUCGCACCACAGGGAAAGUAUUUUCAGGUGGCGCUGACCAACUGCACCCCGCAGGGCGUGGUUGGCACCUUGAUGCUCCACAUGGCCAUGCUGCAAGGGACGUUGGACCCUUCGAGCGAUCAGGCGGUGGAGCUCUUGAUGAAACAGCUGUGGACGCGCGAGAUCUUUAUGAAGGCCUUUGUCGAGGCCGUUCUGCCGGGAGAAGUCUCACCGGGCUCGGUGCAAGCGGCGCUCUAUGUGCAGGGAUUGCGCUACCACAGCGCCAAGCAGCGGCGCGGGGGACUCGCGCCCCUGAGCGCGCCGGAGCAGAUCCUGCAUACUCUGGCGCGGGAGCAGCGACAUUUGGCCUACUUGGAGCAGCUGCGAGCCAAGCUGGCGAGCCAAAGUAGCGGCGCCCGCAAAGCAGCACGGUCUGCCAAGAGGCAAGUGGAGCUCUCCACCUUCGCGCCCGCACAUGCCGGGCUCCCGCGGCGCUUCACGCCCAAGGAGAUCUCGGAUUUGAACGUUUGCAGGGAAGCCUCCGAUCAACUGGAACUUCUUCCCAAUGGCUUGUUGUGCCAUCAUUGCUGCUUUCCAUCCUGCCCGCGGUAUUUGUGUGACCUACGCACUGAGAAGGACAAGCUCGCCCAGGCUUCUGAAGCUGUGGGUCGCAAUGCUGUGCUGGCUUCCCGGCGGAACGGGCUCUUCCGACAUUUGGCACCGAUGAUGUACCCAGAGGCUCAGGGUGAGGACGUUUACAUCCCCCAGCUGCAUGCGGGCAUCCAGUAUGCCCUGCAGAGAGGCGGUGGCAAGGAGGGCUUCAAGAAGAAUCUCAGGGACUUGUUAAAGAAGCGCUUGCGUCCACCCGCCACCGAGGUACUGCACAGCCAAUGGCUCGAGGAAGCGCUGGACCGCUGCUUCGACGAAGCACCGGAGCCACUGGACACGACGACCAACUUCGUGUCCGCCGCAGAUCGAUUUAGCUUGAACCAAAUCUUUGGGCAGCUUUGUGACCACGGCGACCUCACGGUGGAGCGUGUGGCCGAAGGGCUCGAGCUUCUGGAGGGCAAAGGAAGUGACAAGGAGUGGGUCCGGGAGAUUCUCCUCACGAACUUUCCGGGCAGGUUGUACCUGGAACGUGGGGACUUCAUCGACUUUGUCAACCUGUAUCGCCGGCACCGGCAUGCGUUCAUGGUACGGAUGUUUCGCGAGGUGGACACCGAUGGUUCCGGCACCCUGAGCCUGGACGAGAUCGUUGUCCUUCUGAAGCGGCGGGGCAUCACGCCUGUGAUGAGCUGCGUGGAGCGGAUCUUCCGAGAAGUGACCGGUGAACGCGAGUUGCGGGAUCUCUCUUUCAAAGAGUUCGUGCAGAUCUAUGACCUCAUUCAAUCACGCGCGGGUUUCUCUGACCAGGACCUUGCGAGGUUGAAGAAGGUUUGGAACCGCUACGAUGCCGACGGCAACCAAGUGCUGUCCGUGGAUGAGCUGCACCUGGCCCUGGACUGGCAGGGCUUCGCGGUUGAUCCUGUGGAGGUGGAGAGACUGGCUCUAGAGGUGGGUCGAAAGAAGGGGCUCAACCAGCAUGAGUUCCUCACCUUCAUGCGGAAGUACCGGGAUUUUGAGGUGCAGAAGAUCCUACAGUUCAAUCAAGAGAAGAGGAGAGGUGACGAAGAAGCACCCCUUGAGGGCACCGUGUCCUUCGUCGACCUGGUCGGACUGUUGAAGGAGAUCGGCUACACCGAUGUGUCCCCGGAGGUGCUUCAGGAGUGUGCUGCACUGGUGCACCUGGUGAGUCGCGAGAUGGCAGAAGGGAUCGCCUCGUUCAACCCGACCUUCACGUUUGAUGGCCUCUACCACUUCCUGGAAAACCUCCGGGCGUCGCAUGGCUUCGCCAACGAAGAGCGGGUGGACCUUCGCCACGCCUUUGGGCGCUUCAGCAACGAGCAGUUCUCCCGGAGUGGCUUCAUAGAAGAAGACGAUGCCAGCUCCAGUGCACCGGAGGAUGACGAGGAGGCUCAAGUCUCCGUCUUAAAGCUCCUCCACGUCUUGCGGUGGCUCGGCUAUCAGUUGGAGUUGUGGCAGGUGGUGGAAAAGAUGGACAGCAUCCGCAUGGUGGGGAGUGCCUACCUUUCGCUGGAGGAGUUCCUGCGCAUCAUGGCCAAAGUGCACCAGCAGGAGAUCGAUUGCAUCAGAAAGAUGCUGGAUGAUGACAAGCAGGUGGUUCCGAACCCGCUGGGAGGCCGCCCAGGCAGCAAGGAGAGCACGAUGUCCCACGAGGUCCCCGCGAGCGACCAGGCCGAUGAGUCAAACCAGAUCACAGCUCGGAGGCUCAAGCGGGUCUUUCAUCACUGGGGUUAUCCCAUGGCCUCGCAAGAUCUGGUCGCACUUUCCAAAGAAUUUGCUCAAGGAUCUUUUUCACAGGACGUGUGGGGCGUGGCCCAAGUCCUCCGCCGACAUCGGAAGAAGGUGCGGGAGCUCGUACGAAAGAACUUGGGUUUUCAUCGCUUGGAGGUGGAGUUUCUCCAAGAGGCCUUUGGACGGAUGGGCGCCACCCCGCCGGAAUUUAAGUUGAAGGGCAAGAUGCUCAGCAAUGUCGUGAGAGAGCUCUUCCCAGGAGCGGAGAGGGAUCAACAUGAACGGUCCCGAGCGCAUUGGAUGCUGAAGCAGGUGACAAAGUCCCAGGGCAAUUGUGAAGCGCUGGAAUUCCAGGAGUUUCUUCACUUGGUGCGCUUGCGCUUGGACCUCUCCACGGAGGCCAGGCUUCAAGAGGAGCAUCGAGCCUUAGAGGUGUUGAAGUUCGUUCCGGUGGAGGCCGCUGAGUGA